UUUCCUAUAGAUAGUUGUAACUUAACCUCUAAUGUUAUGACUUUUUAUAGUCAAUUUUCUCUUUAUUAAUGAAACAGGCUCUUUUACUGAAAGUCUCUCAACAUUAGCAUUAAAUGGAAUAAAAUUUUAGUUUAGGACAUAAAUUAUUCCCUGUGUGAUUUUCAAAAUGGAUCUAAAAGGAUGUGCGCAGGCUUUCUUACGGGGUUUGUUCGACAGUAUUCGAGGAACCAUCACCAUAGCGUACCUAGAUAAAGAACUCAACAAUCGUAAACUGUCUCGGUUAUCACCCACCAAAGCGCAAACGAGCAAAGCGUCCACUGGCGAUUCGACUCCAAUUCGAGGUCUAAGAGCGCACGAGGAAUCCAAAGUACUUACUCGCAUCAUACAAUGCUGCGCAUUAAAUGGUGGCGUGUUUUUGCUUAGCAUUAUUUUGUUUCAAUACGGAUUCCUGCCAGGUUUUGGUUUUGUUGUUAAGCUAAUUCUGGGAAGCGAGUCAAGCAUGGGUAAAUUCAUAUGGAAUUGGAUGGAACCGGUGUUGACCUGCAUCUUUCAAACGUUAUGGGUUGUACCACUAUUUCUGUUGAGCAAAGUCGUCAACAGCUUAUGGUUUCAGGACAUUGCAGAUUCGGCAUACCGCUACAGUCGUGGACGGCCACAAUUUAUGCAAAGUAUCAGUAUGUUACUGGCAGAUUCGAUAUUUAGUAUAGCUGUCCAAACCUUGUUUCUAUUUCAAGCUUUGUUAGUAAAUUACAUACCGAUUUACAUGCUUGGAACAAUACUUUCCACAGUGCAUAUGUGCUUGUUAUACUCUUUAUAUGCGUUUGAGUAUAAGUGGUUUAACAUGGGUUGGGAAUUACACAAACGACUCACUUACAUUGAAACAAACUGGCCGUAUUUCAUUGGGUUUGGGUUACCUCUAGCGAUAUUAACAAAUCUCUCAGAAUCGUGGUUUAUUAGUGGGUGUAUAUUUGCAAUUGCAUUUCCAUUAUUCAUCAUAAGCGGAAAUCAAGCAUCGCCAAUGACCGGUGUUUGCGAUUAUCCCCUACACUUAUUUUCACCAGUGAUCACGCUGUCAAAUGCUUUGCUAACAAAAACUCUACGACAAGCACCAAAUGCGGGCAAUGCCAGAAGAUGAUCUUUACUGAUAUCUCUCUAUUACCACGAUCGCUUCAAAGAAUAUUCCUAGUUUUAUACAGGCGAAAUGUUUUUGUACUUUUUUAAGUUUUUACAAGUCUGAUUACAGUGAGUGCUAUUUUGUU